AAUAUGUCCGGAAGCUUCCGCCAUCAUCGAUGCGCGUUGCUCACAAUCAGCCAGGCCGGUGCUGGUUGCAUCAAGGAUUUCCUGACGGCAGGAUGUCCUGACAAAUCUAUCUAUAUUUAACUUCUUCAGCCUGUCGAGGUUGGCUAUAAAAUACACGACAUGGAUUGCCGUGUCCCAGUUCCCCCAGUCAAUACUACCCUAAGCGUUUCAUACAUAGUCUGCCAUAUAUCACCAUGUCGACCUCUGCGCUCUUCUCCCCCAUCCGUAUAGGCAACAUCAACUUGAAGCAUCGUGUUGUCCUUGCCCCACUUACCCGUGUACGCGCGCACGCAGAUCAUGUCCCAACCCCACAAGCACCAGCAUACUACUCUCAGAGAGGGUCUACUCCCGGGACUCUUCUCAUCACAGAGGGCACAUUCAUAUCUCAGGGUGCUGGUGGUUAUGAUAAUGUCCCUGGGAUAUACACCGAUGCCCAUGUGGAGGCAUGGAAAAAGGUGACAGAAGCAGUCCAUAAGAAUGGCUCUUUCAUUUUCCAACAACUCUGGGCGCUCGGCCGCACCGCAGAAACAGCCGUUCUUGCCAAGGAGAACAACCGUCCCCUUGUCAGUGCCUCACCUAUCCCCCUUUCAGGACAAACAGACGUGCCACGUGCACUCACAACGGAUGAAAUUAAAGAGUACGUUGCCACGUACGCCACUGCCGCAAAAAAUGCCAUUCGAGCUGGCUUCGAUGGCGUCGAAAUUCAUGGCGCAAAUGGGUACUUGAUCGACCAGUUCAUGCAAGACGUUAGCAACCAACGUACAGAUGAAUAUGGCGGAAGUAUCGAGAAUCGCGCAAGGUUUGCGCUCGAAGUAACAGAUGCGGUUGUGGAGGCCGUUGGUGCUGAGAGGACAGGGUUCCGAAUCAGCCCAUGGGGCGUAUUUAACAGUAUGGGCAUGGCAGAUCCCAAACCCCAGUUCUCCUACGUGGUCGAGCAGCUGCGCAAACGCAAACUCGCAUACGUCCACGUCGUGGAGCCGAUGCCUGCCGAAGUCACUGCUGAGAACAAUAGUGAUUUCCUCCGCGACAUCUGGCAAGGGGUUGAAGGCAGCACCUUCAUCAGCACAAACGGAUAUACACGGGAUAGUGCGAUUGACACGGUAGACAAGAAAGGGGGUCUUAUUGGAUUCGGGAGGUUGUUUAUGCCAAACCCCGAUCUUCCAUUCCGCCUGCUAAGGAACAUCGCGCUCGAGCGGGGUGACCAAGCGACGUGGUACAUGAACGGCAAUCUUACACCGACAGGUUAUUCGGAUUGGCCCUUCGCACCAGAGAAUGCUCAGCAGAGCAGCAAAUUCUGACAUGGUCCUGUAAGCAAUUAAGUAUACCUUAGAAUAGAAUAGACGUUACCUUACUGUAUACACCCAAUAUCAUCAAUUCUUAUGUUA